CAAUCACCAGAACCGGCGCCUUCUCUGCUGCUCGCCUGCCUUUCAACCGUGCUGUCGCCGCCCGCAGUGCUCGGUAAGUCGCUGUCCUAUUGUUUUGCUGCUGCCACUCUCAGCAACUUGCUGUUCCGACAGACCUAAAGCCGCACCCAGUAUGCUCUUCCCGACUCUGUGUAGUGCAUUCAUUGCCACGCCCAUGCGCCGUAACGAGGAACCGCAGUCGGUGGUCGCCGCGCGCGCCAAGCAGCACCGCCCCAUCUCGCCGCACCUGAACAUCUACCAGCCCCAGAUGACCUGGGUCCUGUCAGGCCUGAACCGCCUCACUGCGAUCUCCGUUGGCGGCAGUGCGAUGCUGUACUCUGCUGCAUUCGGCCUUGCGCCGGCCCUGGGCAUGGAUCUCAGCUCGGCCGCUGUGGCCAGCACCCUGGCAAGCUACCCUGCGCUCCUGCUGGUUGCCAAGGCGGCCAUUUCGAGCUGCUUCUCCUUCCACAUCUUUAGCGGUUUCCGCCACCUGCUCUGGGACACUGGUCGGGAGCUCACCAACCAGGGUGUCAUCAAAACCGGCUAUGCGACCAUUGCUGCAACCGCUGUGGCCACCAUCUACCUC